CUGAACCUUCUUUUAUUGCUAAAAGUGAAGAUCGUUUGUUUAAACACUUAUUUGAAGACUAUCAAAGAUGGGUUCGUCCAGUGGAACACUUGAAUGACACAAUAAAAAUAAAGUUUGGCCUUGCAAUCUCUCAGCUAGUAGAUGUGGAUGAGAAGAAUCAAUUGAUGACAACGAAUGUCUGGUUGAAACAGGAAUGGAUAGAUGCAAAAUUAAGGUGGAAUCCUGAAGAUUAUGCUGGAAUAACAUCUAUUCGUGUUCCAUCAGAUUCUAUUUGGAUUCCAGAUAUCGUGUUGUAUGACAAUGCGGACGGACGUUUUGAGGGAACGUCUACGAAAACUGUGGUGAAAUAUGAUGGAACCAUUGCUUGGACUCCACCAGCAAACUACAAAAGUUCUUGUACUAUUGAUGUAACCUUCUUCCCCUUUGACCUCCAAAAUUGCUCUAUGAAAUUUGGUUCCUGGACUUACGAUGGCUCCCAGGUUGAUAUAAUUCUUGAAGAUUAUGAUGUAGACAAAAGAGACUUUUUUGAUAAUGGAGAAUGGGAAAUAGUGACUGCAACAGGGAGCAAAGGAAACAGGACUGAUGGAUGCUGCUGGUAUCCUUUUGUUACGUACUCAUUUAUAAUUAGACGUUUGCCACUUUUUUACACAUUGUUUCUCAUUAUUCCUUGUAUUGGGCUUUCAUUUCUAACUGUCCUUGUCUUCUAUCUUCCUUCAAAUGAAGGUGAAAAAAUUUCACUUUGCACUUCAGUACUGGUAUCUUUGACUGUUUUUCUUCUUGUUAUUGAAGAGAUUAUUCCAUCGUCUUCUAAAGUUAUCCCACUUAUAGGCGAGUACUUGGUGUUUACUAUGAUAUUUGUUACUUUGUCCAUUGUGAUAACUGUCUUUGCUAUCAAUAUUCAUCAUCGCUCUUCGUCUACACACAAUGCUAUGGCACCAUGGGUUCGCAAGAUAUUUCUUCACAAACUUCCCAAGCUGCUUUGCAUGAGAAGUCACGUAGAUAGAUACUUUGCUCAGAAGGAGGAAGCAGGAAACAUGAAUGGAUCAGAAUCAUCUAGGAACACCUUGGAAGCAGCUCUAGAUUCUGUCCGAUAUAUUACAAGGCAUGUUAUGAAGGAGAAUGAAGUUCGUGAGGUUGUUGAAGACUGGAAAUUUAUUGCUCAGGUGCUUGAUCGAAUGUUCUUAUGGACUUUUCUUCUGGUUUCAAUAAUUGGAUCACUUGUGUUAUUUAUUCCUGUUAUUCAUAAAUGGGCAAGUAUAAUAGUACCUACACAUAUAGGCAGUACAAAUGCAUGA